GAUCCAUAAGUAUAUCGGUCCAUUUUCAAGCGCUCUCUUCCCGAAAAACACUUCAAUCUCAAGUCGGGUCGGAUUUGAAGCCCUAAUCCUCUUAUAUCACUAGUAAAAGCUGCGGGGCGGAGGUUUGAUGCAAGCCCGACUUGCCCCACCAAAGAUUUUGCACUUCACAAUUGGAAAGCUCUUUCUUCACACCUUCCUCACCGGAUUUCCAGACUUUCUUUCCUGAAUGCUGCUUCCCUGACCGUCGGGAUCGUUUGACGCAGCAUUCUUUCACGGUAGGCUUGCCUGCCGCGAAAGGGCUGCUGUCGACAGCCCCCGUUUUGGCGCCUCCUCCACGAGGAUGUCGUUGAUACUACCCAAAGGCUUCGUAAAAAAUAGUGCAGUCAUCGAAAGCUCUAUCGAGAGAAUCAACCAGGAGCCAUUGGACCUCGCGGAUAUUGCCAAGUUCUGGAAAGUGUACACAACAACCAAGCGGCGACUUCUCGACCCAACAGCUGAACGACUGGAGAACUAUUGGUGGCGCAUAUGGGGCAGCCGAAAGAAAGCGUUGAACGGCGCAACUGUUGCACGACUGUUCGCCCAUAUAUCGGAUGGCCAGACCUUUGUACCACUUCGAGGGCCUCCAAACCGUGAUGAAGGAACCCCACCAUUGAAUACAGCUGCUCGUCGUGGACCAGCAGCUUCCAGCACUACAGCUCUCAAUCGAUCAGACCAAAGCCGGCCAAGUACUACAUCAUCUUCUACAGCAUCAAGAAACGCAGUGCCUAUGCCGCAUCCCAUUCUCAAGAAGACAAGAGGCCCAUCUACGAGCGGACCACGGCCGACAGCCCGCUUUAUUUCCCCUCCGGAAUCCGACGUCGAGGCGGACCCGUCAUCUUCGGUCAGCACUUACUCGCAAACGAAUUCUCAUGUUGUUGUUGAACCUCCAUCUCCCGAUUCUCAGGAUGUAAAAUUUGACAGGAAGCCAUCGCCUUCCAGCAAGAAGAAAGGAGGCUUCGUUGCUUCUGGCAGGAGGAAGCGCCCGGUGAUCGUCAGGCGUCAGAGCUCCCAAACAUCGCAAUCAUCUGCCGAAGUAGUCCCAUCUAUUGCUACAGUACAUUCAUCUGCAGGAAGGACUCCACCGACCGUCUUGGAGCAAUCUCGCAAUCCACCGCAGUCCCGGUUUCAAGAGAAUUUCUCACCUUCCCCGGAUCGCUCCAAGUCGCCUAAGAAAAAGAACACACUACGGGUCUCGGAUUCGAAGCGUACCCCGCCCCGUAAUGCUGAUAUGACUCGUGUGGGGAAAGGUUCACGUUCGGACGAAAUCGGGGAGAGCGCCUCCUCGUCCGGCGACCCCGGUCCGUCGACUCAACUUCGUCGAAUCGAAAAUCGUCAAUGUGAAGAACUUCCUGCCAAGAAUCUCACCGCCGAGGAACGCGAAGAAAUCGAGGUGCAGAGAACACUCUUAGCAGAAGCUAGUGCGCAUGUCAAGAACGGAUCACGCACCACUGCCAGCCCCUUGCCACCCACCAGUGAUGGUUUUCGGGUUCUUCACAGAGCACCGCGUCCGCAAUCUGAGGGAAAAGUCGAACACAAGCCCUUGAGUGCCGUUCCGCUCCUUGACCACGAAACCAAAGGCACGGUGAGCCUCGCGCCAACCCUGACUGAUGCAACUGGCCAAGUAAAUUUGGGGGAUAUUGGCGCUGCGCAUGCGGCCGCACCAACUUCUAGCUCUGCCUUCAAAAAGGACAAGGGAAAGGGACGAGAUGCAGAUGACGAGCCAAUCUCUGGAAUGUUUGCAAAAAGGCCAGUCCAGCCGGUAUUACCAGCGGAGGUCCCUGAUUCAACUGGUUCACUCCUGCGAAGCAAGAGUCAGCUUACCUUACUCCUUGAACGUGACAGAGCCAGGAUUGGAGAGCGCAAAUCAGACGAUGAAAAGAGCAGUCGGAGAAAGCGUUGAUCGAAUUAUAAUAGGCGGAACUUGAGGGCAACGGAUCUCUGGGAUUGUGCACACGGGUCUGCUUAAAAGGUGUUCUGGGGGGGCAAAAAGUCAUUCUAGCGAUUCGGUUCUAUUCUUGCGGCCUGCGACUUGCAUUGCGAGGCGCUUUGGGCGAGGUCAUCCUUGAGAAUGAGAUUCUAUCCGGGGUCUACAGGCAUGGUUUGUUGCAUUGCUACGGCGUUGAGGUCCCUGUUGGAUGGGCGAGUGGAUGAUUGUACAUUACAAGUGAGGGCCUUGAGCUGUAAGUCUAAGUAGGGCGU